GCUCGCCGUCCUAGUACUCCUCGGGUUGCUAUAGAGACGGGCGAGCGCUGGGCCUGCGAACUCUGAGGGGCCUGCGGCAGCGCCCAGGUGGACUCGUGGGCAUCAUGUCUUUCCGCGACCUCCGCAAUUUCACAGAGAUGAUGAGAGCUUUGGGUUACCCACGACACAUUUCUAUGGAAAAUUUCCGCACACCCAAUUUUGGACUUGUUUCCGAAGUGCUGCUGUGGCUUGUGAAAAGGUAUGAACCGCAGACGGACAUCCCUUCUGACAUUGAGACUGAACAAGACAGAGUUUUCUUCAUUAAGGCAAUUGCCCAGUUCAUGGCCACAAAAGCACAUAUAAAACUCAAUACUAAGAAGCUUUACCAAGCAGAUGGGUAUGCAGUCAAAGAACUACUGAAGAUCACUUCCAUCCUUUAUAAUGCUAUGAAGACCAAAGGGAUGGAGGGCUCUAAUGUAGAAGAAGAUAUCAGCAAAUUCAAGUUUGACCUGGGCUCCAAGAUUGCAGAUUUGAAAGCAGCCAGGCAACUUGCUUCUGAAAUCACUGCUAAAGGAGCAUCUCUGUAUGAUCUACUGGGCAAGGAGAUCGAGCUGAGGGAACUGAGAACAGAAGCCAUUGCCAGACCUCUGGAAAUAAACGAGACUGAAAAAGUGAUGAGAAUUGCAAUAAAAGAAAUUUUGGCACAGGUUCAGAAGACUAAAGAUCUGCUCAAUAAUGUGGCCUCUGAUGAAGCUAACUUAGAAGCCAAAAUUGAAAAGAGAAAGUUAGAGCUGGAAAGAAAUCAGAAGCGACUACAGACCCUGCAGAAUGUCAGGCCAGCCUUUAUGGAUGAGUACGAGAAGAUUGAGGAAGAGUUGCAAAAGCAGUAUGACGUCUAUCUAGAGAAAUUUCGGAAUUUGGCUUACCUGGAACAGCAACUUGAGGAUCAUCAUAGGAUGGAACAAGAGAAGUUUGAAGAAGCUGAAAAUACCCUCCAUCUGAUGCAGAAUAAGCUAAAGGAAGAGGAAAAACGGCUGUUCAAGAGUGGAAGUAAUGAUGACUCAGACAUAGACAUCCAGGAGGACGAUGAGUCUGACAGUGAGCUGGAGGAGAGGCAACUGUCCAAGCCGCGGACAGCCAUGGAGGUCCUCAUGCAAGGAAGACCCAGCAAACACAUCGUGGGCACAAUGCAAGGCGGAGACUCUGACGAAGUUGAAGACUCGGAGGACAGUGAAAUUGACGUGGAAGAUGAUGAAGAAGAUGACGAUUUGGAAGAUGAAAGCAUUGCUCUCUCACCAGCUAAGCCAAAUCGUAGGGUCCGGAAACCAGAGCCCCUGGAUGAGAGUGACAAUGACUUCUGACCUCUUGCCAAGGAACCCAGGCAGAGUAAGAACCUCAGAUUUGUAGGUAAACAGGGAGUCCACAGGCUGGGAAAGUAGCAGAUUCUGUUCACUGUGACAGCUAGACCCACUGAAGCAAACUUCCUUCUGUGUACCUUCCUGCAUCUGUAUUCUACAAAGCCCAAAUAAGAACUUUAACAAACCCCAGUGGUGAUUUUUCUCUUUUUCGGUCUUAUUUCCUAACACUUGGGAAAUGCAUGUGUUGUUCUUAAUUAAAAUCCACAAGACAAAACCUUGAGGAGAAGUAUAAACUGA